GUUUGAUCAUUACAGAAGGUGGGGUUAACUUAUUUUUUCUUUUUUUAUUUCUUUGAACUCUGCAUAUAGCAGAUUAAAUACUUUUAAAGUGCAGCCAUUAAGAGCUCUGUCAUAAAAACAGAACUAAACCAGGUAACCUCCCAGGAUGCCGCUGCGUUGUUGUGCCACCCACAUGUUUCUGUUUUUAUGUGCUCUUUCCUUGUGUGUCGAGUCUGUGAGAGGCGGCACCAGCUUCCUCAGUCCUGCUCAGAAACCACAGCAGGGUCGAAGGCCAUCAUGGGUGGGCAGAAGAGAUGCUGCAGAGCCAGAGAUCUCAGCGAUUAAAGAGGAUGAUCAGUUUAAGGUGAGUGCUCCAUUUGAUCUGUCCGUGUCUCUGAGUGAAGCGGAGUACGAGAAAUACGGCCCUGUGCUGCAGAAGGUUCUGGUGGAUCUUCUUAGCGAUUUCCCACUUGAAUUCUGACAAGCGCUUCCAGUUCUACAAGAUUCAUCUCCUUAAACCAAUAAAGAUGUUUGUAAAUUAAAAAUGACAAAAUUUUCCAACACCAAGAUUUAACAAAAUAAAAGGAUGACAAAAUUAAUUA